AUGUCUUCGUCGUUCAGUGAUCUUGACCUGAGGGUCCAGCACUUUCUCUCCAAGAGGAAGAGGCUUGAGCGAUGGGUUCCCAACGAGGGAGAGAUUCCUUUCUCUCAGUUGUCCAUCGCGCAUCGCGAUGUAGUUCGUGGGGUUGAGCUGAGGCAUGGGGGGGGAGCCGCAGCUUCCAAGUUUAUCGGCCAACUCUGCAAGGUGGAGGUAGCGGGGGAAUGGGUGUCUGCAACCCCCAUUGCCGAUCGUGCAGCAUCGCCAGUGGGUCAAUCGAAUGGUCAUGCUCUGAAGCAGAAGAGCCUCAUCCGGGCGCUGGCCGAGAGCAGUGAGGAGAGCAGUGGAGGAGCAUUGUACAUCAGCUUGAAAAGCUUUAAGCAAGUCAUCAGAGCUCAAGUUCAAGAUCUUCGCCUUCAGAGGGAUGCCAUGACUGUAUGGGAGAGAGCGAUGGAGCGGGUUGACCGCAAUGACGAGGGAAACUUGAAGCUUGAACCUCUUCUUGACCUUCUCACAGACGAUACGAUCGCUCAAGUUCUUCGAGAGAACGAUCGCCCGCAAUCUCCUUCAGAAGAACUGCGGGGAGAGGGAGUAAGGAAAAAGAUGAUGGCGGGGGAGCGGAGGAGGGCGACAGGCUGGCGAAGAGAGAAGGUAGAGAAGCAGCAGCAUCUUGUAGCAGAGAGAGGUCUCGUUCGAUCUCUCACCCUCAGCCAACUGGUCGAUGAGGAUUUGAAUGCCAAGGGGAAAGAUGAUGAGCCCUCGACAUCUCCGAACAAGAACCGAAGGGCGUCGACCUUCAGGAUGACGGGAGAAUGGGCUGAGAGACAGAGGGGGAAAGUUUGGUUGCCUAGGCUGAGCAGGGCAGAGACGAGGGAUGAGAUGAUGGAGAUGAUGUCGAAGUGGGAUGUUGAGCAUGAUAUUGGGGAGGUGGAAGAUGCAACCUUGAAGACAGCCAGAGACGAGUGGCAACAAGUCAGGAGCGACAUGAUGGAGGCGUGGGAGCGACGAGAAAUGUUGACGGAGAAGUUGCAAGAGCAUCUCGAGAGGAUGAGGAUGAACAAGCAAGCCAACGAAGAGAUGAAGGAGCAGGUCGAGGGAGCAAGAUGCCAACUUGAGUAUUUCCAUCGUCUGCGAGACAAGCUCACAGAUGAGGAGGUGACCUGGCGCAACAAGAUUGAUGAGCUCGAGAGAGAAGUGCAAGAGGAGACAAGACAACUUGAAGUUGAAGAAGAUGAGAAGUUCGAUGAUGCUGAUAUGAAGCAUCUUAUCGAAGCUGUGGAAGCCAAGAAGCAAGAGACAAACAUGUCCAUGAUGGAGCAACUUGCCUCGACACGCAAGAAGAACAUGAAGGAAGAUGAGGUUUCUAUCGUGAAAUUCUCAUCAAACAAUGAUUUCAAGAUCUCCAAUGUCAUAGCCGAUGUCGUGGAUAAGCAUCAUAGGAGCCAAGAAUCGAAUCCUAGCAGGGCUGAGGAGGCGAUCUACCUACAAGCUGUCCUCACGAGAAACUUCAAAGUGCUAUAUCAGAUCUUUCACUUCUACAGCAAGCACAAGCACAUGAAGCGCAUCAUCGACGAUGACAUCGUCUCAACCGCCCAGCUUCUCGACAUGGCGAGGGAGUGCGGCUUUACCUCUGGCGGGGGCGGGCUGGACGACAAGAAGAUAAGAGAGCACGUGUUUGCACCGCAACCAGAGGUUGUGGAAAGAGCUCUGGAAGAGGAAGAGUCUUGGCUGGAACUCCCGAGCAGGGAGACUUCCAUGUGGGACCAUUGCGAGUCUGCUUGA